AUGGAGGUUCACACCGAUGAGAAAUUUUGGAAGAGGUACGUGUCUGUGUUUCUGAUUUGCGCUACCGUCCUGAAUAGAGUCACUGCUGUAACUCAUUAUUCUGUUCCGGAAGAGCUGGACGUGGGAGCCGUUGUCGCUAAUUUAGCCGCCGAUUUAGGUUUGGACGUAAAGACGCUGAGCGGACGGAAGAUGCGCUUGGAAAUAAUAUCCAAUAAAAAGUAUUUGGGUGUGAACAAAGAAACGGGGGAGCUGUACAUCGUAGAACGGAUCGAUAGAGAGUUUCUUUGCGCAAUAAAGACUACGACCUGUUACCUUAAAAUGGAGGCCACUUUGGAAAACCCACAGCGGAUAUUCUAUAUCGAAGUUGAGAUAACGGAUAUAAAUGACAACGCACCUCAUUUCCGCCGGGACACAAUAAACCUUGACAUUUUGGAAUCAACUCAGGCCGGCGAGAGGUUUUCCGUCAAUAAUGCUGUCGACCCGGAUCUGGGUGGGAACUCGGUGAAGACGUACUUUUUGAGUGAAAGUGAACAUUUCGACAUCGAUAUUCAAACGGGAAGAGACGGGUCCAAGUUUGCUGAUUUAAUUCUGAAGACGGCUUUGGACCGAGAGAAGCAGGCGGUGCACCGUUUGAUACUCACGGCUGUAGAUGGCGGCGCGCCGCCCCGCUCCGGCACGGCCAGCAUCAUCGUUCGUGUGUUAGACACCAACGACAACGCCCCGGCGUUUGAUCAAGGCAACUAUAAUGUUGCCAUAAUGGAAAACUCUCCAAUCGGAACUCUUGUCAUUCAACUGAAUGCUUCGGACUUGGACGAGGGCACCAAUGCAGAGAUAGACUAUACUUACAGUUUAUACACGUCAGAGAAAACGCAAGAAACGUUCAGUCUAAACCCAAAGACUGGUGAGAUAACAGUAAGAGGAGUGCUGAAUUUCGAAGACUUGCGGAUUUACGACAUGGAAGUGAUAGCAACGGACAAGGGAGUCAACGGGUUAACAGGGCAGUGUAAAAUUAAAGUGUUAGUGGAAGACAUGAACGACAAUCAUCCAGAAAUAUCAAUUAAAUCCUUUCGAACGCCAGUCAAAGAGAAUAUAGAAAGAGACACAGUGAUUGCAGUUCUCAGUGUCAGUGACAAAGAUUCAGGAAAAAAUGGAAUAGUUGAUCUUGGUAUUCCCAAUAAUAUGCCUUUCAAACUGAGAGAGUCAUCUGAUAACUAUUUUGAAUUGGUUGUGUCAGAAUCAUUAGACCGCGAGAAAGUCCCUGAAUAUGAAAUCACUUUCACUGUUACAGACAGAGGUUCUCCUCCUUUAUCUGACAAUGAAACAAUGACUUUAGAACUGCUGGACGUUAACGACAACAUCCCACAGUUCUCCCAGUCCUUCUAUACGAUACGCGUAAUGGAGAAUAACGCACCCGGGGCCUUGAUAAGUUCCCUCUCUGCGUUUGACCCAGAUCUCCAUGAAAAUCAGUAUCUUGUUUAUUUUAUACUGGAGAAGGAGGUAGCCAACACCUCCAUGUCCAUGCUAUUCUCUAUUAAUCCAGAGAACGGUAAUCUUUACGCACUAAAGACUUUUGAUUAUGAGAUUGAGAAGGAGUUCCUUUUCCACAUCGAGGCCAGAGACUCUGGUGUUCCUCCACUCAGCAGUAAUGUGACUGUUCACGUCAUUAUCGUGGACCAGAACGACAACGCUCCGGUCAUUGUCUCUCCGUGGCGUGCGCACGGCUCCGUGGUGGAGGAGAAGAUUCCCAGAUCCACAGAUAAAGGCACUUUGGUUGCAAAGGUGAUAGCCAUAGACACCGACUCGGUGCUGAACUCUCGGAUUACUUACCAGUUUCUACAAGUGACUGACGCCACUUUAUUCAGCCUAGACCAAUACAACGGCGAGAUCCGGACCAUGAGGAUGUUCAGUUACAGAGACGCGCGUCACCAACGUCUGGUUGUUGUUGCCAAGGACAACGGUGAGCCUGCUCUCUCUGCUACAGUUACCAUCAAGCUGUCGACAGUGGAGACUGCUGUUAAGGCCUACUCUGACAUGACUGAAGUACCUCUAGAAUAUGACAUCUUUUCAGACUUAAACCUGUAUUUGGUCAUCGGUCUGGGCUCUGUGUCCUUUCUGCUAUUGAUCACCAUAUUGGUCACCAUCGUGCUCAAGUGUCAGAAUCCCAAGCCCAGCAAAGCUGCUGCUCCCUGUAGGAACAGUGUGAUCAGUGAGAGGAAUUCUACCAUUGGAGAUUCUACUCUGGUGUCCAACGAUGCCUACUGGUACAGUCUGUUUCUAGCGGAGACCAGGAAAGGAAAGUUUGUGGUCAGACAGCCUGUGCCAAAGGGCUCCAGGUACAUUGUGUCCAGUCUACCAAGGAGCACAGGACUGACAGAGACCAGUGACUCUGCAGCAUCAACUCUGCAGGUAAGUGGACAGUACAUCUUGAAGACAACUUCGGUAAAUUUGAUAUCACAACAACCUAUUAUCUUUUACAUGAAUUUCAAACAUCCAUUCCUUUUCGCGAACUGA